CCUACGUCGUGCAGUCGGACCAGCGUGGACAGACCAAAGACCAUGAGCCUCCGCGCCCGCCACGUACCAGGCAGCCCGCUCAUCACGACGCCGCCGAUCCAGAAGGUCGACCUCGCCCGAGACCUCGCGGCCGCGCGGAGCGCGUACAAGCGCCAGGACGUCUCGGCGUCGCGCGCCGCCCACACCAACUGCGUUUGCGAGCCCAGCGGCGCCAAGGCCAUUAACGAGCCGGGCCACUCGGUCAACUCGAUGAAGAACUCGGUGCUCAAGAUCGGCGCCGAGUCGGGUAUCACCGCGCUCGGCUGCAACCUGCUCUUCCUCACGGCGCUGACGGCCGCCACCAACGACGCGCCGACGCAGCGCUUGCUUGGGCCGGCACUGGCGUUCGCGGUCGCCGUUGCACUCUUCGCGGGCGUGCUAGCCUACCGCCGCACCGAAGAAGAGCGGUUCGAGUACGAGCGCGAGCGGCGCCGCGAGAUGUGGGAGCUCGACAACUUUCCUGAAGGCGAGAAGGAAGAGAUGGUUCAGCUCUACGCAGCGAAGGGCAUGUCAGUCCACGACGCGACUGUGGUCAUCGAUCUCAUGUCGAAAUACGAACACUUCUUCGUCGACAUUAUGAUGAUCGAGGAGCUGAGUCUCUUGCCGCCCAGCACCGUCGUUAGCUCGCGCUUCGUCGGGCUCAUGACGUGCGCGGGUGGCCUCGCCCUUGGCCUCGCACCGCUCUUGCUCUUGCACCUGAGCCACUCGCUCCUCUAUUUGCACCGAGUUUUCUCUGCGUGGGGUGUGAUGACGACGCUGGUCGCGACGAGCGCGGCGCUGCUACGUGUCUACACGUUUACGGGCGCCGAGCACACCAAGACGUACUCGUGCGGACGGCUUCAGGUGCAAUUGCCGUACGCGAUCGAGACCUUUGCAGGUACCUUUGCUGCGAUGGGCGGGGCGGCCUGCGUGGCCGCGGCCAUCUGCCGCAUAACGUCAUAAUGUAUCCUUCAUCGUGAACUUUGG